AAGCGGCUCCCGGGGACUGGGGGCAUUUUGUGUUGGCUGGAGCUGGAGUAACAAGAUGGCGGCAUCAGCGGAGUGACGGGUUCCCUCCGGGCCGGAGCCGGCGGCAGUGGUGGCAGCGGUACCGCCGCCCUAAUUCACCGCGCCCCUUCCCCAGCCCGCGACGUCGCCGCGAACGCGAAACAGCGGCGACCGCCCAAAUACCAAGUGGCCGAGCUUCAGCAGCCGCGACCACCCUUCACUAACUGCGGCCUGGCCCUAGCGGCGGCGAUCCGGCUUCUCUCAGCCGCCUUUGCGCCCUGUAACGCCAACAAAGCCUUGGUUUUAGGUUGCCUGCCGCGCUCUUCAGUUCUGCCGGGUGGAACAGCCCCGGAGGCUUCCAUCCUCUUCCAGAGGUGCCGGGGCUUGGCCCCCGCCUCCGUCUUCGCAUCUCAGGAUGGCGAGCAGCAGCGGCUCCAAGGCCGAAUUUAUCGUCGGUGGGAAAUACAAACUGGUGCGGAAGAUCGGAUCUGGCUCCUUCGGGGACAUUUAUCUAGCGAUCAACAUCACCAAUGGCGAGGAAGUGGCAGUGAAACUAGAAUCCCAGAAGGCCAGGCAUCCCCAGUUGCUGUACGAGAGCAAACUGUAUAAGAUUCUUCAAGGUGGGGUUGGCAUCCCUCACAUACGGUGGUAUGGGCAAGAAAAAGACUAUAAUGUGCUAGUCAUGGAUCUUCUGGGACCCAGCCUUGAAGACCUCUUCAAUUUCUGUUCAAGAAGGUUCACUAUGAAGACUGUACUUAUGUUAGCUGACCAGAUGAUCAGUAGAAUUGAAUAUGUGCAUACAAAGAAUUUUAUACACAGAGACAUUAAGCCAGAUAACUUCCUAAUGGGUAUUGGGCGUCACUGUAAUAAGUUAUUCCUUAUUGAUUUUGGUUUGGCCAAAAAGUACAGAGACAACAGGACAAGGCAACACAUACCAUACAGAGAAGAUAAAAACCUCACUGGCACUGCCCGCUACGCCAGCAUCAAUGCACAUCUCGGUAUUGAGCAGAGUCGCCGAGAUGACAUGGAAUCUCUAGGAUAUGUUUUGAUGUAUUUUAAUAGAACCAGUCUGCCAUGGCAAGGACUAAAGGCUGCAACAAAGAAACAAAAAUAUGAAAAGAUUAGUGAAAAGAAGAUGUCUACUCCUGUUGAAGUUUUGUGUAAGGGGUUUCCUGCAGAAUUUGCCAUGUACUUAAAUUACUGUCGUGGGCUGCGCUUUGAGGAGGCUCCAGAUUACAUGUAUCUGAGGCAGCUCUUCCGCAUCCUUUUCAGGACCCUGAACCACCAGUAUGACUACACAUUUGAUUGGACGAUGUUAAAGCAGAAAGCAGCCCAGCAGGCAGCCUCUUCCAGUGGGCAGGGUCAGCAGGCCCAAACCCCCACAGGCAAGCAAACUGACAAAACCAAGAGUAACAUGAAAGGUUUCUAAGCAUGCACUGAGGAAGCGAAGCAGCAGAGCGGAUGUGACUGGAGCAGCGUUUGUCUCUCCCCAAUCUAGACAUUUUAGUUCAUAUGUGCACUAGCCAGUGGUUGUGGACAACCAUUUACUUGGUGUAAAGAACUUAAUUUCAGUAUAAACUGGCUCUGGGUAGCCCUGCUGAUACUGAGCUGUAGCCGCUGUACUUGUGAAUAUUAACUGAGGUAGUGAAACAUGGUGUCCGGUUUUCUAUUGCAUUUUUUUUUUUCAAGUGGAAAAGUUAACUAAAUGGUUGACACACAAUUGGUGGAGAAAUUGUGCAUAUGCCAAUUUUUUUUUUGUUAAAAUCUUUUAUUUUGAACUAUACUGCUUUGAGAUCUCAUUUCAGAAGAACGGCAUGAACAGUCUUCAGCCACAGUUGUGAUGGUUGUAAAUGUUCACAAUUGUGUGUUCUUGGGGUUUUCCAUCCCUGGGGUUUGCAAGUUGUUAACUUAAAACAUUCUUUAAAUGGCUGGCUUCUUGUUUGCAAGCCAGCUGAUAAUGGUAGCAACCAAAGAUUCCAGUGUUUGAGCAUUUGAAAGACUCUGCCUGCUUACCUGUGCUAGAAAUAACAGCAUCUAAAGUGAAGACUUAAGAAAAAAAACAUAGCGACUACUAGAUUAUCUUUAGGACUCUGCAUUAACUCUAUAAUGUUCUUGCUAUUAAAAAAAAAGCAUAUUUGUCACGGAAAUUUAGUUACCGUCUUACAACUGAACAUGUAUGUGUGUUGCUUAGAUAAAUGUAAUCACUGUAAACAUCUAUAUCACCUGGGAUUUUGUUUUUAUUUUGAAAUGGGAGCUUUUUGUUUACAAGUUCAUUAAAAACUAAAAACUGUUUCUGUAA